AUGGCAGCAUCGACCGCGCCUGCGCACCGUCGGUCGUUCAACGGAUGCAUCACGUGUCGCAGUCGGCAUUUAAGAUGUGACGAAGGGCGCCCAACAUGCUCAAUGUGUCGAGAGUACGGGCUUGUGUGUGCCGGGUACAAGAAAGACAUCUUCUUCGACUUUGAGCCUCCGAUUAGCACCGGCGAGGCUCGCUUCCGACGGCCUCUUCUUACGGAGGAAGAACGCCAGCGCAUGAGCCAGUGGCUUGUCUCGAGCGUCUCGCCGCAGUCGGCACAUCGGCUGCUCUCGCAGAUUGACGAUGAAGGCGAGAAGGCGAGCGCCUCUUCGUCCUCUUCGGAUCACCUCCAGUUUAUCCGCGGCCCGUUUGGGGUGUUCAGAUUCGGCCAGGAUCAAGCCGCUUCUCCUCCCAGCGAAGAAGCGCGAGAAGCAGAGCCGGAGGAUACCAGCGCCAGCUCCAGCACGCCUGUCCGAGAUCUGGCUCAAAAUAGCGGCGUCUAUGCUGUUCCAUCAGAGGCUCCUGUGUCGCCAUGGCCUCCGGGAUUACUGGAAUCGCCCUUUGAUCAACCCGAACACGAUCCAGGUCCGGCAGGUCUCUUCAGCAUGAUGAUGAGCUCGGGUGGCAUCGAAGACGCUACGCUGGCACUGCAGGAAUGCCAAUUCCCGGGGCUGACGUCGAAUGCGUACUUUCACGAUCCCAUAGCGCCUGGAAUCCUCCCUCCUCUUCCAAGUGCCAGCGCAUCAUCCGUUUCUCGGGAUGCAGUGUUCCUUCUUCAGCACUACGGCUCGGCGGUCAUCAAUCUAAUGACUCCGUUUCGACAUUCGAAAACGCCUUGGCACGUUCUCUUCCUCCCGCAGGUCAAAAAUUCACUGGCAGCGCUUACACUGGGCGAAGACUUGAAUCAUGCGAGCCUGUGCGCGUUUUACGGGACCUUGGCCAUCAGCGCCUUUAGCCUCGGUGGUGUCUCUCGAUCCAGGAAAUGGCUGGAGCAGGGCUCGUCAUACCGGCAGCAGGCUCAGGAAGAAGCCCAUCUGACGCUGGAGACUGCGUAUAAUAGUCCCAAGGUAGCCAAGUACAAGACGACCCUGAUAGCCCUCCUCACGAUGGCACAGGUGUCCAUGUUCUCAGGCAGCCGGGGCGAUGUGGAAGAUUACCUGUUGGAAGCAGAGCAGCUCAUCCGGCUACGGGGCCUGGGCCGCAGGAAAUCUCGAAAAGUCCGUCUGUUGCACCAUUGCUACGCAUUCCAGCGAUUUUUCCACGAGAGCACAUUUCUGUGCAGCGCGAACUCCAGCCGACGACGUCGCAUCCGCAGAGCAAUCGAGAUGAGCGGGCUGGCGCGAUACAGCCAGGACAGCCUGACCUUUGGCCUCCCCAGCUGGGGGAAUUUGGACCGAGAAAUGGCAAAAGUCAAGGAGCGGGAGGAGGCCGAGAAUGAUUUACAUCUCGAACGGCCCGGGAUUUGGUAUGCGACUCUAUAUCCCGAGAUCUUCGGGAUCCCCGAGACAUGGGUUUUUCUCCUAUCCCAGGCUAUCCGUCUGGGAAACGAAAAAGAAGCCGCCGAGCAACGCGUUACGCCGAAUCCUCUCGGCUUGAGCGAGUUUGUACGCCGGGCAAAGGCCGUCGAGCGCUGUAUCAACCACCUCCAACUGCCAAGUCAUUCCUGUCAUACUCUUCCCGGUCAUCAAUCCGAAAUGGACCAAGCCGUGCUCGACAACAUGCUCGAGGCUUUGCAGCAUGCUUUGUCAAUCUACUUCUACCGCAGGAUCUACGAUGUGGAUUCCUCGAUCCUCCAACAAAAGGUCCUUGCCGUCCGUGACUGUCUCCUGCGCCGUGAUUGUGCAGACUCCAGCGUCGUGCACGGCCUGGCCGAGCUCAUCUGGCCUGCUUUCAUUGCAGCGUGUGAAGCCGAGGACCCGAAGGUCCAGGCUUCAUUCUCCAGCUGGUUCAGAAGCGCUGCGCAACGGAGCGGGCUGUCGUGUUUCACGGAUACCAUGGCGAAUAUCGAGAAGGUCUGGCAGGAAAAGCGCUGCGCGAAUGGGAGAAGUGUGACGUGGCUUGAUAUUAUGAAGCAUGCUCAGCUGCAGAAUUCCUGAUAGAGUACUAGCAAUCAAUUGACAUUCGAAUGAUGCGUGAUUC